CCCGCGCCCCCAGCGCCGCCCCGGCCCCAUGAGCCGCGGCACCCGCUCCCGCCCGGCGCUGCGGUGGCAACGGCGGGCCGCCUCUGCAUGGCCCCGGCUGUGGAUAUGACCGCCGCGCCCACCGGGGUCCGCAGCGAAGAGCUGCCAGCAUCCGCCUUCAGCAAGCCCGGCGGCGGCCUCCCCGUCGCGGCGGCUAUGGGUGGGGAGGAGGAGAGCGACAAGCCCAAGGUCUCCCCAUCCUUCCUGCCGUUCAGCGUGGAGGCGCUCAUGGCCGACCACAGGAAGCCGGGCGGCAGGGAGGGCGCCGAGGGUGCCGGGCCCCCGCCGGGCGCCAGUGCGGCCGCCCGCUCCAGCCUCAGCCCCCGCCUGGGCGCCCUGACGGCGGAGGCGCCGGCCUCGCCGCUGCCCCUCGGCGGCCACUUCUCUGUCGGGGGGCUGGUCAAGCUGCCCGAAGACACCCUCGUCAAGGCGGAAAGCCCCGAGAAGCAGGAGCGGAGCCCCUGGAUGCAAAGCCCACGGUUCUCGCCGCCUCCGCCGAGGCGGCUGAGCCCCCCGGCCUGCACCCUGCGCAAGCACAAGACGAACAGGAAGCCGCGGACGCCCUUCACGACGGCGCAGCUGCUGGCCCUGGAGAGGAAGUUUCGGCAGAAGCAGUACCUGUCCAUCGCCGAGCGUGCGGAGUUCUCCAGCUCGCUCAGCCUCACCGAGACCCAGGUGAAGAUCUGGUUUCAGAACCGCCGCGCCAAGGCCAAGCGGCUCCAGGAGGCCGAGCUGGAGAAGCUGAAGAUGGCAGCCAAGCCCAUGCUCCCGCCCGCUGCUUUCGGCAUCUCCUUCCCGCUGGGUGGCCCGGCUGUGGCCGGUGCCUCUCUGUACGGUGCUUCCAGCCCUUUCCAGCGGGCAGGGCUGCCCGUGGCUCCUGUGGGACUGUACACAGCGCAUGUGGGAUACAGCAUGUACCACCUCACAUAGAGCUGAGCCUGAUGAGCCCAGCCUGCUGGCUGUCUGCUCCUGGCAGCUCAGCACGCACUCCCUCCCUGCUCCUCGCUGCGAACUUCCCUGUGGGCCCUGUGGCAGAGACUUCUCCAGUCGGGCUCUGCUCGACCUCUAUGCUGGC